UACUGUGUUUACCCUGCUGUCCACCUUCCUAUACCUCUAUUCAUUCCCCUUCAUGUUCAUGUUUUUUGUUCAGUUUAGUUUAGUUUGUCUCAGUAUAGAUUAGUUUUGUUCCUGGUUGCCAUUUCCACCUUGUGCCGUGUUCUACAAAAAACGACCUUCGCAUCUCAGGAUAUUGAGAAAUCAGCAGAUGGCCAAUUACCUUUGUUUGUGUUCAAAGGGUUAAACAAAGGGCGUCUACGUCAAACCGUUCCACUUCCUGGACUGUGUCAAAGCCUGAUAACUCCUCCCUCUUCUUCCUGAAACACUGUAAAUGUUUUUCCCUGUUCCCUGGGUAUAACAAACAUGUGGUAAUAUUUAGGAGCCAACAGGCUCCAUUCACUACAGAAAAAAUAUCAGAAUGCCUUCGUUCCUGCCAGAGAGAGACAGAGGAGAAAUGGCACAGAAAGGAGUUCAGCUGGACCAAGAAACCUUCUCUUGUUCCAUCUGUGGACACAGCUACUGCAGGAACUGUAUUAAAUCUCACUUUGAUGAAGAGGACAGGAAGGGAAUCCACAGCUGCCCUCAGUGCAGGAAGACUUUCACACCGAGGCCUGUCCUGGAGAAAAACAUCGUGUUAGCAGCUUUAGUGGAGAAGCUGAAGAAGACUGGACUCCAAGCUGCUCCAGCUGAUCACUGCUAUGCUGGACCUGAAGAUGUGGCCUGUGAUGUCUGCACUGGGAGGAAGCUGAAAGCCAUCAAGUCCUGUUUAGUCUGUCUGGCCUCUUACUGUGAGAAACACCUCCAACCUCACUAUGAUGCAGCUCCAUUAAAGAAACACAAGCUGGUGGCCCCCUCCAAGAAGCUCCAGGAGAACAUCUGCUCUCGUCAUGAUGAGGUGAUGAAGAUUUUCUGUCGUACUGAUCAGCAGAGUAUCUGUUAUCUCUGCACAGUGGAUGAACAUAAAGGCCAUGAAACAGUCCCAGCUGCAGCAGAAAGGACUGAGAAGCAGAAGGAGCUCGAGGUGAGACGACUAAACAUCCAGCAGAGAAUCCAGGAGCGAGAGAAAGAUGUGAAGCUGCUUCAACAGGAGGUGGAGGCCAUCAAUGGCUCUGCUGAUAAAGCAGUGGAGGACAGUGAGAAGAUGUUCACUGAGCUGAUCCGUCUCAUCCAGAAAAGAAGCUCUGAUGUGAAGCAGCAGGUCAGAUCCCAGCAGGAAACUGAAGUGAGUCGAGUCAAAGAGCUUCAGGAGAAGCUGGAGCAGGAGAUCGCUGAGCUGAAGAGGAAAGACGGCGAGCUGGAGCAGCUCUCACACACAGAGGAUCACAACCAGUUUCUACACAACUACCCCUCACUGUCAGCACUCAGUUCUCCGGGGGAGAACUACGCGCCUUCACUAACAUGCUGAAUGUGGCCUUCAUAGGCUCUGAUUGGCUGUUAAUAACUAAGUACCCCCAUGUGGGGUGACCUGAGUGGGGCAUUCGAUUGCAAUAGGAACUUUGAUAUUUUGCUGAUGUAAACAAUGAAAAUAGAGUAUUUUUCUUUAUCUCUUCUUAUGUUAUUGGUGUCAUCUACUUGUGUUUUUUCCACCUCGGCUACAGAUGUUCAUGUGAGAAUCAACAAAUAAUAGAUCUAAUUGAAGUGAAAUUGGAUAAAAGUGAAGUAUAUUUAUAUAUGAUGAAAUUAAUAAAAAAAAAUCAUGUAAUGUUCCUCACAGAAAAGAAGAAAAUGUAAUGAAGUGAUUGCUAAGUUUAGACUUUCUUUUUAAAUCAUGUUUGUAAUAAAGUCAGAGAAAGGGAGGAUAAGGUGUCAUGGUGAUUGGAUGUGCGGAGAGAAAGAGGGGAGCGAGAGGGAUGCAAAUGGCCAUUUGGCAAAGUAUAAAAGAGUGUAGGAACAUUCAGCAUUGUUACUUCCUCUAGUUCUUGUGAUGAACAGAAGAUGUCAUCUAAAGAGUCGCCUCUAGGAUUCUACACUUAGAAUUUAUACCGUGUAAUGCCAGAGGAGCAACAACUACCCAACACUAUGGACCCAUAAAUUGGAUCAUGUUUUAAUUUGUUUCUGCUCAUUUUUGCCAUGUUGGAUUAUAAAUUCAAGGGGAUUAGGAUUGGGAUUUCCAAUUUUUCAACUUCCAAGAACUAUUGGAUUAUAUUCACACAAAGAUAGACACAUCAUUGCCAAGGUGUGCACAUUUCUGCUCUCCAAUCUCUCUCCUCUCAAAGAUCAGAACAAAGUCAGCAUUAGUUCAGAGUAGGUUGAUUAGAUAAGUAUAAUUCAGGUGAUUUGAUUGUUUGACAUACUACCGUAUCACUCCAAUAGAGCAUUUUGCUCUUGGACUUCAGGCUUUCUUUUUGUUCCUAGGGUAUUAAAAAGUAGACUAGGGAAGCAGAGCCUUCAACCUUCAGGCCCCUGUUCUACGGAAUGAGACCUAUCCUCCUCGCUGUACUCAAGACAAGCUCAAACCUCCACUCAGUGGCAGAUUCAUGUUUUGCUUUUGUGAAGUUUUUUCUCAUGUUAACCUAUUGCUCCCUGUGUCUUCAGUUGUUCGCACCCUCAGAUCAGCAUUUACACCCUCUGGUUAUUCUCCUGGUUUCUCUGACCCCAGUCUUCUCUGCCAGUUUGUUAUCAGUCAGGUACUGACUUGGUGGCUCCUGAAGUCCAUUCCUCAGCUCUCCAGAACUAAAGAAGAGGUCAGAUACCUGUGAUUAGUUUGGGCUGUCCUCCCACCUGUUGCUUGUUUGUUUAUUAUCCCUUUCUCUUGCCAUUUGUUGUGUUCUCCCCCAUCCAUUCUACCUUGUGUUUCCUUCCUAUUUCCAUGUUUCCCUUGUAAAUGUAUAGUUUUUGGUUUCUGUUUUGACCUGCAUUAUUUUUUACCUUGUUAAA